AUCCAAUCCAAAGAACGUAAACAAAAACUCGUGUUUCUUGCGUGCAUCGUAUGAUGCGUCCCGUGUUCCGAUAGUUCGAACGCUUUCGCGUGCACAUUGAACAGAUUCAACUGAUGAAUGACUGAAGCACGUUUACCAAAAGUUGGUGCAAAAAUCUGUGCUCAUGGAAAGUACGAGGAGAAAUUUUCGCACUGUUUGUCGGACGCAGCACGUCUACAUGGACGUUUCACUCCGUUUUGAGGAGCCUGGUGAAGAAGUUGAUGCAACAAUGUUCAAGUUUAUUAUACAGCAAGCCUUGAGGACGUCGUUUGGUGAAGUCGGUGCAUCCGUCAAUGUUGAUGUUCUGAAGUUCCGGGAGGCAGACCUGCGCGCUUACUUGCGGGUUUUGUCCAGCAACCUGGUCAGGCUUUGGAGCUCUCUCACACUGACUUCCUGUUACAAUGGAAGGCCGUGUUCCUUUCGAGUGUACAAGGUGUCCCCUAGCCUGGCCUCGCUGGCCGUGUCAAGUUCGCACUACCAGCACGUUCCGGCCGCAAAGACAACUGCUCACGAAUAAAUGCUCGGGCUUGG